CUUCAACAUUUCCCAUUCGCACCCAUAACCCUUGAUUCGAUAUCGCCAAACCACCACCCGCCUUUUCUCUUCUCUUCUGUCCUGUCCUCUCCUGUCUUCUCCCCCUCCUAUUCCGUUCCAUCCCAAGGACUUUUCAUUCGAGGUGUCAUAUCAUUCGCAAUUCACACACCGCAAUCAUGUCGGACAAGAAGAAUGAGGACUACACCAUUCGCAUGCCCGAGUCGGGUAUGCGAAGUCCUUUCGGCGCUGAGAAGGACCCCUUCAUCCCCCCUCGGCCAGCGCGAGUCGCAGCGCAUCCGGGUCUGAACUCCAAGAUAGCCAUGAUUGAGAACAACCCUGGUAUCUCUAUUAUGGCCUAUUGCUUUUCCUCCAUCAGUAUGACCGUUGUCAACAAAUACGUGGUAUCCGGUUCAGAGUGGAACAUGAACUUCUUCUAUCUUGCGAUUCAGGCUAUCGUGUGUAUCUCUGCGAUUGAGAUAUGCCGGCAAUUGGGCCUAAUCACGAACCUCGCAGCCUUUGAUUUCAACAAGGGAAAACGAUGGUUCCCCAUCUCCUUCCUCCUAGUCGGUAUGAUCUACACGAGUACGAAGUCGCUACAAUACUUGUCGGUUCCUGUCUACACCAUCUUCAAGAACUUGACCAUCAUUGCCAUCGCCUAUGGUGAGGUUCUAUGGUUCGGAGGAAGCGUUACGCCGCUGGCGCUGCUAUCUUUCGGUCUCAUGGUUCUCAGCUCGGUCAUUGCGGCCUGGGCGGAUACCCGCAGUGCUAGCCAAACCGCCGAAGCUGCUGCUGCCCUUGCUACCUUGAACGCCGGAUACGCCUGGAUGGGUUUGAAUGUAUUCUGUACCGCUUCUUACCUUUUGAGUAUGCGUAAGGUUAUCAAGAGCAUGAACUUCAAGGAUUGGGAUACUAUGUUCUACAACAACCUUCUCACUAUCCCUAUUCUUGUCGUCUGCUCCCUUCUCGCCGAGGAUUGGUCUAGCGCGAACUUGGCCAAGAAUUUCCCUGAAGAGACUCGAAAUGCUCUCUUGAUUGGGAUGAUCUACUCCGGUGUAGCCACCAUCUUCAUCUCAUACUGCUCAGCAUGGUGCAUUCGUGUUACCUCGUCUACCACAUACUCCAUGGUCGGAGCUCUUAACAAGCUUCCUAUCGCCAUCAGCGGUCUCGUCUUCUUCUCUGCGCCUGUUACUCUUGGCAGUGUCUCCGCCAUUAUUAUCGGUUUCAUCAGUGGUAUCAUCUACACUUGGGCCAAGGUACGACAGUCGCAACUUGCCAAGAACUCGCUGCCCACCACACAACCAACGAUGAGCGCAAGCUCGCAGAGCAACCGCGAUGCGGCCAACUCUUAGAAGAAGGGAAAUGCAUGGAUGCUUUCUUUCAUCUACGACCCAAGCCGGCACUCCCUUAGGGUGGCAAAGGCACCUGGCUAAUUCGAACUUUAUGGAAUUUCAAACGGGCAUCGGACACUGCGAGACAGUCAAGAACCCACGCAACGGCCCUAUCACGUCUACGUUUACUGUAUAAUAUUUAAAAAACAAGCCAUUCCAUUCGAGUUGGUGUCAGAUGAAAAGGGGGGGCCGUUGAUUUCUGGUAUAGACUUUU